AUGGAAAAAAGUGAUUUUGGAUUAAUUGGGUUGGCUGUGAUGGGCCAGAAUUUGGUUUUGAAUGUGGAAAGCCGUGGGUUUCAGGUGUCGGUCUAUAAUCGGACGACGAGUAAGAUGACGGAUUUCAUGGCUGAAAAUCCAGAUAAGAAAUUAGUGGGUUGUGAGAGUUUGGAGGAAUUUGUCGAGUCGCUGGCCUCGCCACGAAAAAUCCAGAUUAUGGUGAAGGCGGGGAAGCCAGUGGAUGCGGUGAUCGAGUCUUUGAUUCCGCUUUUGGAUGAGGGGGAUAUUAUUAUCGACGGUGGGAAUUCGCUCUACACCGAUACGGAACGUCGAGAUCAAUGGUGUGCGGAGCAUCAGCUUCGAUUUAUUGGUGCUGGGGUUUCUGGUGGUGAGGAAGGGGCUUUGAAGGGGCCUUCGAUCAUGCCGGGUGGGCCUGAGAGUACGUGGGAGGUGAUGAAGCCUAUUUUUGAGAGCAUUUCGGCGAAGGUGAAUGGUGAGCCUUGUGUGGUUCAUAUUGGCGAGGGCGGCGCGGGGCACUUUGUGAAGAUGGUUCACAAUGGGAUCGAGUAUGGUGAUAUGCAGUUGAUCUGUGAGGCCUAUAAUAUUUUCAAAGCGGCUGGCUUUUCGAAUGAAGAACUGGCGGCUAUUUUUGCGGAUUGGAAUGCGGGUGAUCUGGAGUCGUUCUUAAUUGAGAUCACGGCGAAUAUUUUUAAGCAAAUUGAUCCAGAAACAGGGAAGCAUAUUGUGGAUCUGGUGGUGGAUAAGGCCGGUCAAAAAGGGACGGGUCGCUGGACGAUGAUGGAGGCGGUGGAAAAUGCGGUGCCUCUUUCUUGUAUUGCGGCGUCGGUGGAAGCGCGGAUUCUAUCGGCACUGCGUGAUCAACGUCUCGAUGCGGCUCAAAUUUUGACAGGGCCUUCGAACGAACAUUUUGAAAUGGGAGGUCUGAAUAAAGAGGAAUUGGUAGGAAAGGUGAGGGACGCGCUGUAUGCUUCUAAGAUUGUCUCUUAUGCGCAGGGGCUUGAUUUGAUCUCGAAGGUGGGCGAGGAAAAGGGCUGGGAUUUGAACCUGGGUGAGAUUGCUAAAAUUUGGCGAGGAGGAUGUAUUAUCCGAGCGCGAUUCUUGAAUCGGAUCACAGAGGCAUAUCAGAGUGAGAGUGCGCCUACGAAUUUGAUGUUGGCUCCCUUUUUUACCGAGAUUUUGUCGAAGGCUCAGCAGAACUGGCGCGAGGUGGUGUCGAUGGCUGCGCUGAAUGGAAUCCCGGCUCCAAGUUUUUCUGGUUCUUUGGCGUAUUAUGAUAGCUACCGCAGUGAGCGACUUCCGGCGAACUUACUGCAGGCGCAGCGUGAUUUUUUCGGGGCGCAUACGUAUGAACGGCUCGAUAAGCCAGAGGGUGAGUUUUUUCACACUGAGGAUUGGACUGGACAGGGUGGGAAUACCGCUGCGAACAACCGGAAUAACAAUAGAAAUAACAACAAUAACAACCGUAACGGAACCGCUGGCGGAGGAUCAGCGGCUCAGAUUCAAUGCGCAAGAUAUUCCUACCGAGCCAAUUUCGGUGCCAGUGGUGCCUCUGAGCAGAUCGCCAUCUCGGCGGUGAUCGGUUCGUAUGCCAUUGGUGAUAACAUUAACUUUGGGGUCGAUUUUGCGAAUUUAAUCGAAGACGCCAGCGGAAGUAUUCGCCUCGGUGGGCAAGUCCGGAAUGGUGGAAACAAUCUCGGAGCGAACGAUCCAAAUGGAAUCACCGAUCUGGUCGGGCACCUGACUUCUGCAGGUGCCGCAGGCUCUGGCACGUCCCUCUACGGGACGAUCGGCCAGAACUUUGGCUUUUUCGUCAAUGCCUUACAAGGUUCCUCGAAUGUGGCCACUCUUUCCUCUGGUCAGCGGAUCGCUAUUCCCUCCAGCACCUUCUCGGGGAACGUCAACGGCGGGCAAUCUACCAACGUGGAAACUCACGGAAGUAGUGCUCGAACUUCAGGUUCAGCCACUGGUGAAUGUCUCACCACCACGGUCACCGUGCCGAAUGGGGCGGCGAUCGUUCUCGGGGGAUUGAUCACGCAGGAUGGAAAUGACACGACAUCUGGGGUGCCGAUCUUGAGUAAAAUUCCAGGGAUCGGGCGUUUAUUCCGAAACCAGUCUGAUUCAAAAAACCGUCAGGAAUUGGUGAUUAUUCUUCGCCCUGAGAUCAUUGCGACUAGGGAUCAGAUGCGUCAGUUCCGCGAUAAUUAUGAAGGUGAAUCAGAGGCCGCGUAUGAUGCCCGCGAAUCAUUGCGACCCACCGCAGUGGCAUUCUUCCGCCAGCCGAUAGCCUUGAGGUGA